AUGCUCCUUCUACUCUCAUUGUGUCUAUUGGGGUUCCUCGCCCAGCGGGGUGAAGCCCAAGACCGAGCCGCCCUCUGGAGGGGCAACGACCGAGCCGGGCGAUGCCAGUAUACCUUUACCGUGGCAAGCCCCUCUGAAGUCAGCUGCCCCCAAGCUGGAGGCCCUGAAAUGGAAGGCGUCAAGUCCAGACUCUCCCUGCUGGAGGCGAUGGUGUCCAGGCUGGCAGGAGGAGGAGCGGGGGCGUCCGCGCCCGACGCAGGUGCUGAGCUUAGGGAGGCGCUGAACAGGGCGGUGGGUGAGAGGAACCUGCUUCAAGGGGAGAAGGAGCGGCUGGAGAGGGAGCAAGAAGGACUUCGGAGGCGCCUGGAGGAAAUGCUGAGGGAAACUGAAAUGCUGAGGAGCAGACCGUGUCCCCCACAGACCCCAGCCGUGCCAGACACUGGAAUCAUGAGACCUGCAGGAGGUUCAAGCCCUGUGUCCCACCUGAUAGCACGUCCCAACAGGCAGGGUGACAGCAGCAGUUUGAGAGACUCGGUGUGGCAGCAGGGCUUCCAGGAGCUCAAGGCGGAGGUGACCGAAGUUCCCGCCCCUGAAGAAUAUACAGGGUGCGGCGUGUUGACGUCCGUAUCGGAGCCCGUCACUCACAGGAAAGCGGACAGCAUCGCUGGUAAAUACGGUGUCUGGAUGCAGGACCCUGAGCCCGUGGCCCCCUACGGGCCUGACAUGGUGUGGCGCAUCGACACCGUGGGCUCCGACGUCAGGCAGCUCUUCGGAUACGAAGACAUGGAGCAGCUCUCCAAGGGUUUCCCCUCAAAGGUGGUGUUGCUGCCAGAGCCCCUUGAGGGCACAGGUGCCGUCUUGUACCGAGGUUCGCUGUACUACCAGCGUCGCCGCAGCCGCACGCUGAUCCGCUUCGACCUGGCGUCUGAGCGCGUGGCGGCACGGCGCGACCUGCUUCACGCCGGCUUUCACGGCCAGUUCCCGUACUCAUGGGGCGGCUACACAGACAUCGAUCUGGCGGUGGACGAGCGUGGCCUGUGGGCCGUGUAUUCAACCAGCAAGGCCAAGGGCGCCGUGGUGCUGUCCCGCCUGGACCCGCACGACCUGCGCGUCACCAAGAGCUGGGAGACCAAUGUGCGCAAGAACGGAGUGGCCAACGCCUUCGUCAUCUGCGGCCGCCUCUACACCGUCGCCAGCUACUCGGCGGCCAACACUACCGUCAACUACAUGUACGACACCGACCGCAGCCGCGGCAGCGUCUUGGCCAUCCCCUUCCAGAACAAGUACCGCUACAACAGCAUGAUCGACUACAACCCCACGCAAAAGAAGCUCUUCGCGUGGGACAACUUCCACUUGGUCUCCUAUGACCUAAAGCUGGGGCGUCCCCCGGCGGCCUGA